CCCCCAGCUCCUCUUCAUCCGAACCCUGCUCCCGUCUCCUCCUAUGGCCGGGCAGCUGGUGACCUUGACCCCUGCACAGCUCUGCAGUUCCUCUCCCGGGAUCAGCGCCCAUUCCAGCCUCAGCAGCCUGACCUGGCAUGUGGGGCGUGGUGGCUUCUGAUUUGGGGUGAGCAUCCUGGCCCGGGAAUGCAGGCCUGAGGGGAGCCGACAGCCACAGAGCGCUGGCCGAGGACAGGCGUGUCCCCAGGGCUCCAAACAUGCAGCCGCUGUGUCCCCAGGGCGCUGUGGGGGGGGGUCGUGCUAUUGCCCCAUCUCACAGGGGAGGAGACCGAAGUCCGUCACCCCCUGUGCCCAGCCAGCAGGCAGAGCCCAGCCCGCCUUCCACCCCGGCCGGCCCCUCCUGCCCCCGGGCCCAGGGCACAUUCUGAGUGGGCACAAAUAGCAUCUCAUUAAAAAGCCUCGGGGGGCAGAUCCGCUUGACAGGUGAGGGAACCCAGCUCGGGCUCUGUCCACGUCACAGACGUCCCUCUGCAAACUGCAGCGAGUGAGCCAGCACCCCGUGUGCCAGUCUGUCCACAGCCAGGACAACAUCCCACGUCACCCGGGACCCUGUCCAAAGCCGUGUGCGUCAUUGACAGCCCGUCUCUGGCACCUUUCUUCAAGGGUCCCCGACUACCAACUAUUAUUAUCUGGUGACAAUGAUCCUUGGAUUCCUGAUGACAGACGCAGGACUUGGCACCCUCAGAGAGGGCUCCAGGUCAGGACACCGGAAGGAGACUGCCUGGGGCAGAAGCUGGCGGGGGACUGGGCAUGCGAGGCAGCAGGGAUCUUGGGCGUUAGGAGAGCCCCCCAGUGUCUCCGGGAAAGAAUCACGGACGCCAAGUUCUAGCCCGGCUCUGUAUCGAAUGUGCUGUGUGGCACUGGAGAAGUCAUUCAACCUCUCUGGGUCCUGCCAGAAGAGUCGGUCUAGAUGAUUUUUCAGCCUCCAAAAGUCUUUCCGGUGCCUCACCCUCCACUCAGCACAGAGAGGUGGGCGACCCUGUAAUACUUCACGGCACAGGAGGACAGAGCUAGCGUCUGCUGAGCCAUUCUUGCGCCUGUGGCUUCCGGCUCCGUUGGCCCUGAGUCCUGCAGCGGGGAUGCCCCGGAUCCACCCGAUGGCAGUGCCUCAAAAUGAUGGACGAGGAGGCGCCUUCUUCGCGGCCUGCGCUGUCCUGCGUUCGUCCAUCCACGGAUCAGCCCGGCUGCGGAGGUGGAGACCCUUCCUGCUCCAUGGGACCAGGAGCCCGUCUCCAGCCUGGCGCGACCCCGGGACGGGACUGUCGUCGUCGAGAGCGGGGAGGCUAAAUCCGAGUGUCCUGAACUGGGAUCCCAGCCCCCUCUCACUAGCUGUGUGACUUUGGGCAGGUGACUUAACCUCUCUGUGACAUGCGGUGAUGACACGUUGGCCUCGGAAGCUCGCUGCGGGGCCUAAACACAGCGAAGCACCCAGGCCGCACUCAGUAGGCACCGCGGGCCGUGCCCUCCUCCCCGGCGUCGCCGCCAUCGUCCCGUGCUUUUGCUCCGGCCCUCUUCGCCAGGAGUUCCAGGUUCUGCGCGGCUGGCUCGCCGGCUCCGGCUGGGGCUGUUCCUCCCCGUCACGCUCGAGCUGUGGCCACCAGCGCGGCUCUCAAACUCCACCCUCCGCCACCCCGACAAGAAGGCGAAGCUGGGAGCCGGAGGCCCUGGGCAGUCGGAGCCCCGGCCGAGCUCCGUGUGCAGCCCGGCUUCUAAACUCCAGGGCGGACGGCCUGCGGCUCGGGCCUCCCGUCUGGCCCACAGACUCGCGGGCUGUCACCUCUCGUGUUCCCAGGCAGCGAGUGACCUCACCAAGGUCGGGAAGCAGGGCCGGGCACCUGCAGCAGAAGCCCCGGGCCGCCUCACCCGGCCUGAGAGGAGGCAGCAGGCCAGGCCCCGGGAGGCCUGCAGCCGGGACAAGACAGGGCGCCACGCCCUUGGGGGCCUGCCAGGGGCCCAGCCUGGGCAUGUGUCUUGUCCCUGGCCGCCAGCCGCUGGCCCCUGGCCGCCGGCCCCUGGCAGGCCUCUCUGAUCCGCCCCGGGAAGGGAAGAAGUGUCUCCAGAUCACACACCACCCUGAGUCUCCUUCAAGAUGUCCAAGGCCCUGCCAGGGACCAGAGGCCCCCGAUCACCUUGGAAAGACCCCUGCUGUCCCCCGUGGCUCCUACCGGAGGCUGGGAGGAUCCUGCGUCCUGAGAGUGGGACAGAAGACCAUCCCUUUGCUCAACCAAUGGGGAAACAGAACCCAGAGAGGGCCAGUGACUUUUCCAAGGUCACACAGGAACAGCGGCUUGGGGGUUGAUGAGACGUUCGGGGGGCAUUUCGUCCAAUCAGGAGGGGCCUGUUGCAGCCCCAGCAGCCAGUGACAGGGACAGAGACGGAGGGGAGUUGCUCAGGUGCCAGCCAGCCAGCAGAAACCUGGCUUCUUCCUCAAGGCUGCAGCCCGACCCCAGCCCCGACUUCAGGUAGCUGCUGGCAGCAGGGAUUAGGACUUCCCCCCACUGAACAGGAGAGAAAUUCAAGGCUCAGAGAGGUUGAGCAUCUUUCCGAGGGUCACACAGCUGCUCAACGACAGAGCCACGUCUGGAUCCCGACCUGUCUCACCUUGAAAGUCACGCCUUAGCUUUGACAUUUCGUGGACUUUAACAGGCUUGUGGCUCUGGGGACCCAUUUAGGCCUCAUCUAGCAUCCCACGAGGCCCUCGGGGACACACAAGGGGAAGAAAACACUUCAGCUCCUCCAGCGCUGUGGCCACAGUCUCCCGGACGCUCCGCUGCCUCCGCACAGAUUCCCGAUGACCAAAGGGCCAAGUCACGCAGGCCAAGCGUCCGGCACCUCUUCCCGAGGACCACAGUGACGCCAAGACCCGCCCGUGUCAGCAGUGGGAGAGGCAGGGACCGCGGGGACUCCGGGCCUCCAUCCUUCCGUUCACUGGCCUUGAGGGAGGCCCAUCUCAGAGUCUGUACAGGUCAGACCCUCGGCAGCUGCAGCCCCUACUUCUGACUGGAGGGCGAGUGAGGCCAUGGGUGGGAGGGGAGGCCAGAAAGAAGGAGGCUGUGGCAAGCGGCUGAGGCCAGCGGAGCCGCCUGCCCGGCACCCUGGGGUCUGAUUGGCAUCCUCGGCUCCAGAGCUCAGGGCGUUGCCCUCCUGCCUGUGCCCCUGAGAGCAGCAGGACAGCCCGCAGGGUGGGCUGCCCGGGCCGAUGAUCCGGAGCCCCGGCGCGUCUCCCACCCCCAGCAGCCAGCUGUCGGGGGACGGCCUGCGUUUCCAACCCCAUCAGCGCGUUAGCGAUGCCAACGUGUCCAAGGUGGAGCCUUCGCCAGCCGGCAGCCUGCCCGUUAGCUGCUGCUCGAGGCUCCGGCUUUGAAGUUGGUGAGACCUUUUAAGUUAAGUGGCGGGAGGCGCGGCUGUGGCUACCCGCGUGGCCUGCUCUGCAGGGACUCGACGGCCUGGCUGGGGCGGGCACCCCGGGCAGGCGUCCUGCUCAGGGCUUCUCUCUUCAGCUUCCAGGAUGCACGGAGCCCCCAAAUCUGAGAGCAGGAGACUCAAUCUCAGGCCUUCAAAUUCCGGAGCCUUCUUGUUCUCCCUACAGAUCACCUGGCAGCCUCUUGAAUCCUCCUGGGGACGGCAGGCUCGCUACCUAAGCUUUAAAACUUCUUCUUUCUAUUGAGUCAAAAUACAGCUUUCUGCACCCCCCCGCGCUUGCUGGGCUCUGCUGGCCCCUUGGCGCUGCAGAGGACCAGCUGAGUCCCACACCAGGAAGCUGCAGGCCCGUCUGAGCCGCCUCUUGUCCAGACUGACCAUCCCCAGACUCGGAGAACCAACUCAGGCGGGACAAGUCACGGCUGGCACAGCACGGCAGGCGCCCCUCAGCUGGGCUGGUGGGCGAGCCUUUGAAGUAGGUGGACAUUUUAAGGGUCGCCGUUUAAGCUAAGGGAAAGGUCCUGGCACUCUGGAGCGGGCCUUCGGUCUCUGGCCUUCGCCUUCAGUCUCUGGUCCGGCACACAGAGAACCCUCCAGCCCCUGUGCAGGCCUGAGCCCAGGCCCCUCUCUGUCCAAGGGCUGAAAGUCCAGUCGAGCUGGCCUCUGAGUUUUCUAGCCUCUAGGAGGCCACCAAGUCCCUCUGGCAACUCCACCAAGGGAGACCGAAGACGAGGAAAGAGGAAGAGCGCCGCGCCUCCUCCCGGCCUCCUCUGGCGCCAGCCCGCCCUCCCGCCAGGCUGGGCGGGGCGCCUACCCCAGGCCGAGCCCGCAGCGCCCCACACGCAGCUCCUGGCAGAGGAACCCUCCUGGGCCAGCGCCAGGCCGCACUCAGAGCUGGCAGGACCUGCCCAGAGCCCUGGCCUGCGCCCGGCCCGCGGGAGCCCACCCGGCUCUGCUCUGCGCCAGGGCCCAUGCUGACCAGUCCCUUCUCCCCAGCUGUCCCCCGAGCUCCAGCGAGGCGACCAGGGCUGGGGUGGGGAGAGGUAUCUUGUAGCAGCCGCGAGGCAAGAGGCAGAGGAACUAAAAAUACAAUGGCGAGGCCAGGCCCGCCCUCCUUGCAGGCUGGCCGGGGGCUUCCGGGAGGAGGGCAGGCGCCAGGGACCCCGGGCUGGUGAACAGGUGCGGCCUGGGACACCCCCCUGGGGACUCCGUGGCUCCUCCUGCCCCCUUCCUUCCUGGUCCCCGUCAUGGGGGCAGCGCUCCUGCAGGAAUCCUGCUUCCAGCCCAUGACCUUCUUCGCCCUCUGGCCUCAACACGGGCACAGCUUGCUCAUCUCUGCCAUUUCUGCCCUGCCAGCCCCUCAGGGGGCAGGGGUGUAAAAGCCACAAACACCCACUGGGCACUCUAGGCAUGCCAGGGCCCUGAGCCUCCCCACCGUGGACACGUAUAAGUCCCACUUUACACAUGAGGAAACUGAGGCACAGAGAGGUUAAGAACCUUGCUCAAAAUACACAGCCAGGAAAUGUCAAGCCCAAGAUUGGAGCGCAGGCAGUCUGCUGGAGUGGGAAGUGGUCUACUUUUCAGACCUUUUGCCUCUCGUCCCCCUGAGAGCACCAAUAAGCCCCUAUCAGAGGAGCAGCCAAUAAGCUCUUCCAAUGUUUGUUUGAUUGUACGGGUCCAGCCAGGGUCUCCCUGGAGGGAAGGCUAAGACGGGCCUUGGCAGCCUCCCGGUAGCUGACAACGGGGGCCCUGCUGCCAUCUAGUGGCCACAAGGAGAAACGCCCCGCCUCGGCAGGCAGGUCCAGCCACCUGCGGGCUCAGCGCUCCGCUGAGAAGGCGCGGGCUGACUUCCCAGGGGUGGGAGCAAUAAGGACCAGCCCCGGUGUGGCUCAAGGCCGGUGUGGACAAGGGAUGGGCGCAGGGACAGUGGCUGCGUGUGCAAGUGGGGGAGCAGCUGGAGGUGCCCGGACUGAACGCCGUGUGCAAAACCCAGGGGUGCGUGGGGGGAGGGGCAGGGCGGACGAGAGACACCGGAAGACCAGUGGGGACUGGUGGCUCGGGUAGGUACAGUGCUGGACUGACCUGGCAGGUAGUGUCAGCUCUGUGGGGUGGUGUCAGGGCAGCAAGGUGAGUACUCCUGGCCCUGAUGCAGGAGGCCCGGAUGUGCAGGCCAGGGCGCCGCACCCCCGAGGACGGCUGGGGUCGGGGGCGUGGCCAGUGCCGGGUUGUAGAAGGGGACCCGGACCUGAGGGCUCUCCUGUGUGUGGGGGUGAGGGGUGCUGGGUGGGCGAGGGCCCUGCCACUGAGCCCCAGCCCCAGCACAUGCGCUACUUCUGGGAUCCAGGAAGAGUGUCCUAACUUUCUAAGGACUUUGCUUCUUUCCUCUGUAAAAUGAGAAAUGUUUAAAUAAUGCCCUAACUCAAUGUCAUGUGAGGAUUAAAACAGAG